AGCACCCUGUAUGUAUUCAUCAUCACAGCUGAUCACCUACAAAUAAACAUCAUAACAUUACACAAUUUUGCUUAAUUCCAUUUUCAUAAAUAUCUUGGUAUUUGACUUUCAUUCAUUCAAAAUUUUCGUUAACCAACCAACUAGCCACAAGAUGUCUUCUCCUUGGGGUAAAAUUACCACACCUGAACCAACAAAUCUACAAAAAAUAAUGUCCGAAGAACUCGCGAAAGACCUCCAAGUGAAGGAAGACCAAAAGUACGCGAGUUACAUUCAAUCGCUAACAAAUCCAACAGAUAAAAACGACGCAAUUGACGAUUUACCCGAGCUUGUUGACGACGAUUCGGACGCGAUCAUCGCCCGAAUGUUACAGAAGCAGUUCGACGAGGAAUACGACGACAUGCUAAAACGGACCGAGGAUAAGGUCAACGGCACAUCGAAGGUUUCGGUCUCUUUCAGUAAUUAUCGAAGGACUCCGCAGAGUUUAGAUUUCGACAGUGAUUCUGAAGAGUACGAGUGCGAGGACAUAAUGGAUCGACGCGAUUGGGAUAGGUUUGACGCUAUGAAUAGGCAGUUGCAGGCGAUACCGCCUUGCGGUUACACGAUGAAGGAUGGUAAAAUGGUUACCAAGCAUGAUAUUACGUUGAACAGUCGUAAAAAUGCGUGCAAGUUUAUGUCGUUUCCCCCCGAGUUUCAUACUGGCGAUGGGGCAGGCUUCGACUUGCAACUUUCAAACAAGGUUUUUAACAGCUUAAAGCUGCACUCGAAGAUCGAGCAGAACCGUCGGCAUAGACUGCACGAUAGGAAAGAGGAUCAUGCAACUGCCGAUUUUGGUAUAGAUCAGACCACGAGGUUGUUGCUGUACAAAAUGAUCAACAAGCAACUGUUGGAGAGGGUGAAUGGAAUUAUUAGCAUAGGUAAGGAAGCGGUGAUAUUGCAUGCCGAAACCGAUCCAUCGUAUCCUGAUGGCCCACUUCCGAGGGAGUGCGUCAUAAAAAUAUUCAAAACUACUUUGGCCGAAUUCAAGCAGCGCGAAAAAUAUAUUCGCGACGAUCAUCGAUUCAAGGAUAAAAUCGGUAAGCAACGAAUUCGAAGGACUAUUCACAUAUGGGCCGAAAAGGAAAUGCACAAUUUAAUGCGAUUGAAGAAGGCGGGCAUUCCCUGUCCCGAAGUGAUCACCUUGAAGCGGCACGUACUCGUCAUGUCGUUUAUUGGCGAGAACAACUGCCCCGCCCCCAAACUGAAAGAUGCCAUACUGGAUUCGGCCGAUUACAUUAUUGCGUACGAUCAGGUUGUUGACGGAAUGAAGGCUCUCUAUACUGGAGCCAAUCUAAUUCACGCCGAUUUGUCGGAGUAUAACAUACUGUGGCACAAUGACCAAUGUUACUUCAUCGAUGUCAGCCAAUCCACGGAACCAAGCCACAAUGACGCCUUCCACUUUCUAAUGCGAGAUUGCGAAAACGUCACAAACUUCUUCAAUCGUAAAGACGUUCCAAAUAUGAGAACCGCCAGGGAAUUGUUCAUCGAUAUUACAGGGUGCGAUUUUAACGAUCGAAUCGCUCUGGAGGCGCUAAGAAAUACGUUCAAAAUGAAACCUCAUCUGGUCGGAAAACCGGGCAUGGAACCACACGAAUCCUUCGAAGCUACCUGGGCUAAAAUGAAGGAGGGCGAAAUACCUUUGGCAACGGCGGAUGUUGCUAAUGAUCUUGAAAAUGUUAACAUUGUCGAUGCGGUACCGGCAUAGACACUUGUUAGUGUUUUUGUUGUUUUUGUUUAUGUGGUUUAUAUUUGCACACGGUAAAAGUAUAAAGAAUAUUUUAUUACAAAGUGUUCUUUUUA